AUGCAGGCAGCUUUCACUGUUAAGCGUCGUUCAAAAUCCAUACCUUCUAACGCUAAGAAAUCUAAAAUACAAACUCAAAAAAAUCUUGUUUUAUUCCGUACCACAUUUUAUCAAGUAUUAUGCAAUCAUAAUCCGGACAUAAUUGCUUCGGACAAUGACUCUGUAGAAUAUCUAGCCGAGCAAGUUUGGGAUUUAGAUAUUUUAUCGCUAAUUCUUGUAGAUAAAAAUGAAUCAACUAAAUCUGAUAAGACAAUUAAAUCUUUAUCAGAACAAGAGGUUGUUGAAAAAAUUUAUGAUAUCGUAAAGGAUGAUUUUUUAACAUUUGAAGUUUGUCAAAAUGAACAAGA